AUGAGCGCGAAACAAGAGGAUGCUUCAGAGAAUGCGGUCCUCCAUUCAGAGCGAACAAAAUUCUGGCUAAACGAUUGGGAAGUUGGGAAAAAGACACUCACCUCUCUUCGUCGCUUUCUUCCCUCCUUUCCAACAUUACGAAUUAUGCGUGUCAGUCAACUAGACGCUGAUUUAUUAGAUUUCGAGUUGUUCGAAAUACUGAAAGAACAGCUAUGGCAGAUGUUUUCCUUAUUUAGACCUCAAUUUAAAGAGACCUUUGAACCAGAAUUGCUUGCUCUGCUGCAUCUAAUUAUUUAUCGUCUUUCCAUUUAUGAGUCUGGAGCAUCUUACGGGGCACAGUUGCAAAACUUAAAUUAUCGUGAUGAAAGAAAACACGCUGGAGGAUCACAAUCGGCAAAGGAUGCACCUCUUGCACCAUUUCAAAAAUACGCGUUCGGAAUUAUGACCGUUGGUGGUCAGUAUACUUGGACGCGUUUGAAUCGGUUAUUGACGGCACGAGGGUGGAGCGAAUAUGACGAUAAUAAUCCCCGUAAAAUUGUUUGGAAGAUUUUACAGAAAAUGGAAAGUGCCUACCGAAUUUUUUCCCUUGUCAAUUUUCUCGCGUUUUUAUAUAACGGAAGGUACCGUAACUUGAUAGAUCGAUUUCUUUCGAUGCGCCUCGUAUAUACUCGAAGAUCGUCAAACCGGCAAAUUAGCUUUGAAUUUUUGAAUCGUCAAUUAGUUUGGCAUGCCUUUACGGAAUUUCUUUUGUUUCUCAUGCCACUUAUCAAUUUGAAAAAAUUCAAAAACAUUGUGCAUCGUACUCUUCUCCCCGAAUCAUAUUCCAAAUAUCGUCCUUUUGACUUCUUACCGGUUCAUACGUGUGCAAUAUGUUACGAAAAUCAAUUGGAUAAGACGAUGCCAGGGGCAAGUGCGAAUUCCACGAGAUUGCAUAACCCAUAUGAGACCAACUGUGGUCACAGAUAUUGUUACUGUUGUAUCAAGACCAAACUAAUUCAGGAAGGCGGGAGUUGGAGGUGUUUGAGAUGUGGAGAAGAGGAUACGUGGAUACGAGAGAAAAGGAAAAAUUCAUAA